UGCUGUUAAUUAACAAUGAUGUAUGUUUUUAUUGACUGUAUAGGCCUUCAGCCAAUACUGUCUACAGAUGGAGAGAACCCUGAACUAGAUGACAAUAGUAAGGAACGACUGAAAAUCAAGUGUAUGAUUGUCAGUCCGGACUACGUGACUGUGGGUGUACCAAGCAGCAUUGAGUGUGAUUGCAACUGCCUUGAAUGUACUUAUACUAUGUCUUUGGAUGGACAGAGUGCCCAGGGUCAGGGCAAUGCGCUAGCCUUCACUGUUAACAGUUGGGUGGAGGCCUUAACAGUGACAUGUACAUCCACAAACGACAAUACAAAGCUGACUGCCACCACUACAAAACAACUGCAAGUGUUAGCUGGACCUACCAACGUUUCCAUCACAGGCCCUGAUUUGAUCAACACAACAGUGAGCCACACCUACAGUUGUCACGCCUACUGUCGGCCAUCUUGUACCUAUGCCUGGAAGACAGAUACGAGCCCAUGGAUUGGUGGUCAAGGGAAUGUUAUUUCUAUCACUCCUCAGGAGAUGGACACGUCCAAGCGUCUCAUCUGUAAAGCCACCAACAGUGUGUCUAGGCUGUUUGUCACUGCAACUUUAAACAUAGCUAUAAUGUAUGGUCCAUCAGAGGUUCAGAUCCAAGGUCCCGACACAAUAGAAAUUGCAGAAAAGUAUGAGUUUGUGUGUACUGCUGAAUGCCUGCCUUCUUGUCGCUACGUAAUGACUGUGGACAAUCAGACUGUGAGAGGAAAUGUGAUUGAGAUGACAGUGGAUCGUUCGCUUAAAUCUGUCACUCUCAAGUGUGAGGCACAAAACACUGCUUCAAAGAAGACAGCUACAGCCUUCAAAACUGUACAAAUGGCAGGCUCAGCUCACAACCUGUCAGCUGUGCUGCUGCUGACCUUCAUCAUUCCUGCUGCCUUCACAGUGUGAUCCGACUGCACACAGAUAUGUAUUCGUCCUGUGAAUGAAUUUCUGAUGAAGAAAGGUAGUUGAAUUGUGGAAAAUAAAUGACUCAUGUACCUGUGAUCUCACGCAGCAUAUUAUUCUUUUCCAUUUGUCUUACAUGUUGACAGUGGGCUGGACCCUGUUUGCACUUUCUAGUAAUAGAUGUAGAGAAGCACUUCAAUAUCAAGUGUGCAGCAGUGUGCAGCCAGGAGCAUGUAAUAUCAGAAUUUGUUGACUUAUGUUUGUAAGAUUCUUUAAUAGAAAUGUUGAAACUUGUCUUUACAUAAAUAAAUGCAAUGAUGACUUUAA